AUGUGUGACAUGGGAGGAUUGGAUAACUUGGUGGCCAACACAGCCUACCUUAAAGCCCAAGGUGGUGAUGACAAAGAGAUGAAAAAGCGUCGCCGUAGCUUGUCUCUCCCCAAGCCUGAACAAUGCGCCGCGUCCCGGGCCACCAUUGAAAAGGACUUUACGAUGAUCUGUGAGCGACAGCCCAUUGGCAAGAAGUUCUUCCGGCAGUAUUUAGCAAGCAACGCUGAGUAUAAGAAUGCUGCUGACUUCUUGGAUGAAUUGUAUGAGUGGGAUCUGGCUGAAGGUGCAGCAAAAGACAAGGCACGCCAGAACAUCAUUAAUAAGUUCUGCAAGGCUGACUCCAAGACCUUCCUAAAAUUCCUAACUGGUGAGGCUGCUAACAAAUGCAAGGCUGUCACAGAUAAGGACUUUGAAGAGGUGAUGAAAGGCACAGUUCAGGAGGGCACAAGGGAUUUUUUAAAAGGCAAACCUUUCACGGAUUACCAGGCCAGCCCCCUAUUUGAUAAAUUUCUCCAGUGGCGAGAGUAUGAGAAGCAGCCCAUCAGUGACAAAUACUUCUAUGAGUUCAGAACGCUGGGCAAAGGAGGAUUUGGAGAGGUGUGUGCUGUUCAGGUGAGGAACACAGGGCAGAUGUAUGCCUGCAAGAAGCUAUGCAAAAAGCGCCUGAAGAAAAAAGGUGGUGAGAAAAUGGCCCUGUUAGAGAAGAAGAUCCUGGAGAAGGUAAACAGUCUGUUUCUUGUCAACUUGGCAUAUGCCUACGACAGCAAGACCCACCUUUGCCUGGUCAUGACCCUGAUGAAUGGAGGAGACCUCAAGUACCACAUUUACAACAUGGGAUAUGAUGGCAAGGGUAAUGACAAGGGCAUUGAAAUGAAGCGCAUCAUCCACUACACAGCACAGAUCACCACGGGCAUCCUCCACCUACAUGCCAUGGAUAUUGUAUACCGUGACAUGAAGCCAGAAAAUGUGCUGCUGGACAGCCAAGGCCAAUGUCGACUCUCAGAUUUGGGUCUUGCUGUGGAGCUACGUCCAGGGAAGUCCAUCACCCAGAUGGCUGGUACUGGAGCAUACAUGGCCCCUGAGCUCCUGACCAAAACUCCAUACAGGACAUCAGUGGACUGGUGGGCAUUGGGCUGCAGUAUAUAUGAAAUGGUGGCUGGCUACACGCCAUUCAAAGGCCCAGAUAGCAAGAAGGAGAAGGUGGAGAAGGAAGAGGUUCAGCGCCGCAUUCAGAACGAAGAACCCCCUUGGGAGCAUAGGUGCUUUGACGCUGUCACCAAGGACAUCAUCCAGCAGUUUCUCAAGAAGAAGAUUGAAGAGCGCCUCGGCAUUAAGAACAACUUGGAGGACCCCAGGAAGCAUGAAUGGUUCAAGUCCAUCAACUUCCCACGUCUGGAGGCUGGGUUGGUGGACCCUCCAUGGGUGCCUAAGCCCAAUGUUGUCUAUGCUAAAGAUACGGGGGACAUUGCUGAAUUUUCAGAGAUCAAGGGCAUUGAGUUUGAUACCAAGGAUGAAAAAUUCUUCAAGGAGUUCGGUACAGGUGCUGUAGCUAUCCCCUGGCAACAGGAGAUGAUUGAAACAGGACUGUUUGAUGAGCUCAAUGACCCCAACAGGAAAGAAUCAGCAGCAGGUUUAACUGAUGAGAAGAAAUCAGGCACGUGCACAUUGCUGUGA